AUGAAAUCGGUGCUCCAGAGCACCCGUGGAGUGCGUUCUCUGAAUUCGACCAAUUUCCCUGCACCAUGGCCAUUUGUCAAGAAAGGAGCGUUCGGACAACGAAAAAUCGGACCGAUGAAUUAUGAGAAAUUCAAGUGGCCAGGACAGAAUCGAGAGUUUCCAGAACUUUCGCCCAAAUUUCAGAAAUUGAACCCAAAAGAGUUGCAUAGAUAUACCGGCGUUCAACCAGAUGGAUUUCAUGAUCAGAAAACUGGAGAAUUCGUGCCUGUGAAGGAAAUGCGUUCCGAAUUGGUUGUACCCAAUUUGGAUGGUUUUAAACUCCGCCCAUAUGUCUCAUACCGUACUGAUGUUCAAAUCGAAAAAAGACGAAUUGCAUACGAGAAGAAGGUUCAAGAGAAAGGAUCGGAACGAUUGGCAGAUUUGCACAGUGUUGAGGAUGAAAGAUGGCCACCGCCAAAAAUGACAUCUGAAACAUUGUUCGAGUUGACUUAUGGCGACACCGUUCGAAACGCCUAUAAGGAGGGAAAAUAUGGUCAAGUGGAGAAUGCUACACCAGCGAAAUUGAAUAAUUAA